UGGAAACAAAACUUUCAAAACAAAACAAAAGUGGGGGGGGGGAGAAGGACCAACGCAUAGAAACCAAAAUAAACAACAAAUGAGUGAGCUGCGUGAUCAUCGACACAACACAGAUAGACAGACAGACAGAAAGGCGAGCGCAGUAGAGUGGACCACAUUACCCACAAUCCCACGCGACUGCUCCGUCAGCGUUCCGUCAGAUGUUUUCCUCCUCUCACGUGCUAAAGCCGACCCCCCCACGAGGGGGGGGGGGCUGCACAAAGGAAGAUGGCAGACGAGGAGGACUCGGGUCCCGAGACAGCCGCCGCCAGUCCCGCGGAGAGCCCUCACACUGCGCGGCCUCACUUCGUCUCCUUCUCCGAGAGCGUCCAGCCGGCCGUGGGCAUGAUGAGCCAGCUGCUGAGCCAGCCCGCCUCGCUGAAGUUCGACAAGAACAUCAAGCAGGCCUUCUACAACACCGGCGCGAUGAUCUUCGUGGCCAUCUGCUGCGGGGCCGCCGUGCUGGUCUACUUCAUCCUGGAGGCCUUCCUCCGCCCGCUGCUGUGGGCGGUGCUGUGCGGCACCUUCCUCCACCCGUUCAAGCACUCCCUGGCCCGCCUGGGUCGGAGCUGGCUCUGCGGCCUGCAGGACACCGGGACGCCCAUCGUGGUGGGUACGCUGCUGGUUCCCGUGUGGUGCGCCAACCACGGGCUGGAGGCUCUGGGCAGGCUGGUGCUGCAGAGGCUGACGGUGCUGCUGGUGAUCGGGGCGGGCACGCCCCUCCUCUACUUCCUGUACUUGUUCUGGAGCGUCAUCGGCAUGCAGGUGAUCCUCGGCCACGUCUGUGCGGUCAUCGGGGCCGUGCUGGACUGCUUCCGCGCCGUGUGGGUGUGUACUGCGGUGGUGGGCUACAUGUUAGCAGUAGUCUUUAAGUGGAGCCCCAGCACCGAGCGCUACCUGAGGGUUCUGUCUGUUCCUGUCUGGGCAGUCCUGCUCUUCUACCUGGUGUCUCUGACCGGAUCAUGGAGGGUGCCCAUAUUUGUGGUUGUGGUGAUACUUCUCAUCGUGGGCGCCCAGCAGAAACCACCUGUACCGGGCAAAGGAGAGCUGUCCGGGCAGGUUUUAUCGUUUGCCGCCAACACUAUCUACAUGGCCAUCUCCUGCAGCAACCUGCGGCUGAAAAGUGAGCACGGUGAAACCUCCUCUACAGAUGGUGUGAACGCCGUGGGCCCCGGGCCCGUCCCCAUCACCCCCGGCUUUCCACAGAGCUCUCGUCCUUUGCCGGCUGGCCUUUUUAAGAAAGAGAGGACAGCCCAGAGGGCCAGUGAUAUCUACUUUGUCCUGCUGGUCUGGGCCAUAGUACUGGUUCAGGUCUGGCUCAACCUGUGGAUCCUGCAACUACUCCCUAUUCCCGUGGCUGUUUGGGUGACGAAGAAGAUGGUGGUCCAUUUUGGCGUGAAGGGCUUCGCUGAGCGAACACUUGUCUCGUGGUGGGAGGUGCUUCAGAAGUUUGGACGUGAGAGACAGGAGGCCUUGUUGCCUGGACCGAUCAAAGGCCUCGCUCAGUUCCUGCUCCGCAUCGAUACCAAGAUGAUAGUGUGGCUGGAGCGAUCCCUGGACAAGCUCAUCAGUAUCUUCAUCAUCUUCCUGCUGGUCACAGGGACCCUGCUCAUGGCUCUACUGCUCACUGCUAUGGUUCACCACGAGAGCGUCCACAUCAUCGAUGUCACCAGCAACCUCAUCAACGAGACGGUGUCCAACCAUCCGGAGUGGGCCAGUUGGCUCCCAGAGGCCCGGGUCAUCCAAAAGGCUGUAAACUCAGCUGCUACCAAUGUCUACCAGCAUGGGAGAGAGUGGAUAACACAAAAGCUCCAUAAGAUGUUGGGAGACAAGGUCAACCACACGGCGGUCAUUGAAAAGCAGGUUUUGGAACUGUGGGACAGAUUGUACCACUCCUGGUUUGUUAAGAACGUUACCCACUCCGGGCGCCAUCGAGGCCACAAGAUGUCGCCUCAUCGGCAGAACAGCUGGCUCGUGGACAUCCUGGACUGGCAGGACAUUGCCUCCUUCGUACAGGAGAACAUCGAGACCCUGCUGUCGAUCCUGGAGUCUCUGUGGGUGGUGAUGAGCCGGAACGUUGGCCUGCUCUUUUCCACGGCGACCACGCUCUUCACCGUCCUGUUCCACGGCGGCACUGCCUUGCUCAACUUUGCCCUGAGUCUGGUGAUCUUCCUGACCACCCUGUUCUACCUGCUGAGCUCCAGUGGAGAAUACUACAAACCCGUCAAAUGGGUCAUCAGCCUGACGCCCCUCUCUCAGCCCGGACCCUCCUCCAAUAUCAUCGGCCAGUCUGUGGAGGAGGCCAUCAGAGGCGUCUUUGAUGCCUCGCUGAAAAUGGCCGUCUUCUAUGGCCUCUAUACCUGGCUCACGCACACCAUCUUUGGCAUCAACAUCGUCUUCAUCCCUUCUGCGUUGGCUGCCAUCCUGGGUGCCGUGCCGUUCCUGGGGACCUACUGGGCAGCGGUGCCGGCCAUGUGCGAUCUGUGGUUGGCACAAGGAGAAGGCGUCAAAGCCCUGCUGCUGCUGGUCUGCCAUCUGCUCCCGACCUACUUCGUGGACACGGCCAUAUACUCCGACAUCUCUGGAGGUGGGCACCCCUAUCUGACCGGUCUAGCCGUGGCAGGAGGAGCGUACUAUCUGGGUCUGGAAGGAGCCAUCAUCGGGCCCAUCCUGCUCUGCAUCUUGGUGGUUGCUGCCAAUAUCUACAGUGCCAUGCUGAUGAGCCCCAGUUCUGCCUUGCCCACACCUGUACAGCCCACCUGGUCUGUCCACCCCGGCAGGUCUUUUGUGGACUCCACUCCUGUGCUGCAGAAGGACAAGGACAGUGAAUGAAAGAAAACGAGGGGCGAAUCUCCCAGAUUCCUAUUGGCUGAUUCCUGAGAGGAAGGGGGGGUGGGGGUGGGGGUUUCAGAACUCUCCUAAAUUCCUCCCAAUACUGUCCAACCCCUACAGGGUUGGCCCUGACCAAGAGGUGGUGGGUUCAAUGUAAGACCAUGAAAUUACAAAUACGUGCAUACAUUCAGAGGCCAAGCUGUGUUCCAUGAGAUGUGGACCAACGACUCUUCAAAGCCUUAAGAUUUGAAAUGGCAGAGACAAUUGUGGUUCUCACAUAGUUGCACAUAACCCAGGUGCCUGUGCUGAUGUGCAAAUGUUGAGAAAAGCCUAAAUUUAUCAUUCUGCAUAUCGUAAUCAGCGGUUCAUGUUAAAACCGUAUGCGUUGGUCAUAUUAAGACAAUAAUUCCCUGAUCUGGUCCCAGCAGGCCUUGCCUGUCACUAAACGGCACAGCUGUGCAGUAUCUGUACUUGCUCUCUUCAUCCUCUUGGAGACUAAAGAUGAUUUUUGUAGCAAAAGUUGGCGGAUACGACGACAAAGUGAACUCUUGUUCCGCUUUUAUUUUUUUAAGCCUGGCUGUGAAUAAGGGGGUUUGUUCAAAAGUGGUCUCCCCCCUCCCCCCCCACCCCCGUUUUACUUAAUGCUCAUUUUAUUUUACACAACUAAUUCAAUUUGCAGUGUUAGCUCAUGAACAACAGUUUACUCUCCAAAGCUGGUUCUCCUAGACCAGGAUUUGCUACCAUUGUUGUUUGUCCUGUCACGUUUUAAAGGGUCAUUCCGGUAUUUUUUUUAAACCUGGGACCUAUUUUUCCAUCGUUUGGGAUCUAAAUGACUUAAUAGGGGCAAAAUAAAUGUUGGAAGUGGUCCAGUAUUGAGCGAGAACGCUUCAGCCGGCGGCCGCCAGACAGGCUGCGACGUAAUGGUUUGGGGGGGCAAGUGUGCGUUUCGUAGUGCGUCCACGAAAAGCGCUCGUUUUUGCCACUGACAGGCUCAGCUUGAUAUUAUGAGUGGCUGACAACAUUAUGGAAGAGACAGACCUUCUUCAAUAUGGUUCGCUUCGUCUGGUCUCUGUUCUUGCAUCCCUUUUGCCGCUGCUACUGUGUGCACGCCGGGGCGCGG